UUUUUUCCCAGAAGUGCUUUGGGGUGUUGUGUGUUUCCGCUGGUUUUUCCUGCCGGAGAAGGAAAGGGGGAGCUGUUUUCUCUCUGCCCACAAUCUAUUUUGUAUCCCUUUUCUCCUCCUCCCUGGGUUAUCUUUGUCUCACUCCCUCAACUCAGCCCAGCAGCGCUGCAGGUCGGGAGCCCUCCUGCCAGUGCCUUGUGCCGCGGGUGCAGGAACCCAGCAGCCCCCGCAGAGGAAGAGGAGGACAGCAGCAAGCCCGAAGGGACCCGCGGAUCUCUCAUUGUUAGCGCGCUGGGUGGCUGCGAGCCCCCUAUGCCGGAGCUGGGCUGCUGGAGUUUGGCUCGCGCUGGGUGUGUAAUGCCCGUGCCCGGGCGUGCAGGGGAGAGACCGGCUGGGAGCUGCCGCCGCCACCUCAACAUGGUGUAAAUCCGCUUCCGAUACCAACUCGCAGCACCCGCCGAAGAGAGGCUGGGAGAGCGGGGAGGAAAAAGCCACCCAACCCCACUCCUCGCCGGGAAACAAACCAGCGCCCACAGCAGCCUCUCCCCUCCAGGCCAGCCGGCCGCCCCAUGCAGCAGGGGCGCACCCUGGCUGAAGCGGGCAGCAGGAGGUAGAGCAGCUCUUGCAAUCCCUAGGUUUUGAUUAUUAACACCCCCCCACAAAAAAGAAAGAAAGAAAGAAAAGACGGGAAGAUGGCGAACGAUUCUCCUGCAAAAAGUCUGGUGGACAUAGACCUUUCCUCCCUGCGGGACCCAGCUGGGAUUUUUGAGCUGGUGGAAGUAGUUGGUAAUGGCACAUAUGGGCAAGUCUAUAAGGGUCGGCAUGUCAAAACAGGUCAGCUGGCAGCCAUCAAAGUCAUGGACGUUACUGAGGAUGAAGAAGAAGAAAUCAAACUGGAGAUAAAUAUGCUAAAGAAAUAUUCGCAUCAUAGAAACAUUGCAACUUAUUACGGUGCUUUCAUUAAGAAAAGUCCCCCAGGACAUGAUGACCAAUUGUGGCUUUGUUAUGGAAUUUUGUGGUGCAGGCUCUAUCACAGACCUUGUGAAGAACACAAAAGGGAACACUCUAAAAGAGACUGGAUAGCGUAUAUCUCCAGAGAGAUUCUCAGGGGAUUGCACAUCUUCAUGCCCACCAUGUGAUUCACCGGGACAUCAAAGGGCAAGAAUGUAUUGUUAACAGAAAAUGCAGAGGUGAAGCUUGUGGAUUUUGGUGUUAGUGCCCAGCUGGACAGGACGGGUUGGCAGGAGAAACACAUUUAUUGGAACCCCCAUACUGGAUGCGCCAGAAG